AUGCGCGCGACGGCGACGCGCGCGGGCGAGACGGGCUACCCGCCCGUGCGCAAGCUGCCGCAGAACGAGAAGCUGCGCAUCCUCGUGACGGGGGGCGCGGGCUUCGUCGGGUCGAACCUCGUGGACAAGCUCAUGCGCGGCGGGCACGAGGUCACGGUCCUCGACAACUUAUUUACCGGAAGAAAGAAGAACAUCGAGCACUGGUUCAACCACCCCCACUUCCAGUUCAUCGUCGGCGACGUCGUCGAGUCCAUCAUGCUCGAGGUCGACCAGAUCUACCACUUGGCGUGCCCCGCGUCGCCGCCGCACUACCAGUACAACCCCAUCAAGACGAUAAAGACGUCGACGGAGGGCACGCUCAACAUGCUGGGUUUGGCCAAGCGCGUGAACGCGCGCAUGCUCCUGGCGUCGACGUCGGAGAUCUACGGCGACCCGGAGGUCCACCCCCAGGUCGAGACGUACUGGGGCAACGUGAACCCGAUCGGGCCGCGCGCGUGCUACGACGAGGGCAAACGGGUCGCGGAGACGAUGAUGUACUCCUACAACCGCCAGCUCGGCGUCGAGGUACGGGUCGCGCGCAUCUUCAACACCUUCGGGCGGCGCAUGCACCCCAACGACGGCCGCGUCGUCUCCAACUUCAUCAUCCAGGCGUUGCAGAACAAGGACAUCACGCUCUACGGCGACGGCAGCCAGACGCGGUCCUUCCAGUUCGUCGACGAUUUGGUGGACGGGUUGCACGCGUUGAUGAACAGCAACUACAGCCUCCCCGUGAACCUGGGCAACCCGGACGAAUACACGGUCGCGGGCUUCGCGGAGACGAUCAAGAAGCUCACGGGGAGCCGCUCGAAGAUCGUCAGGCUGCCCGCGACGACCGACGACCCGCGCCAGCGCAAGCCCGACAUCACCACGGCCAAGACCCACAUCGGCUGGCAGCCCAAGUGGACCGUCGGCCGCGGCCUCGCCGAGACGAUCGAGUACUUCAAGCGCGAGCUCGCGGACAUGGGCGGCUCCAUCACGCCCACGGGCCCGCUCGCGUCGAAGCCGCGCCCCCGCGCCGACGGCCGCCGAUGA